AUGUCUACUUCAAAGAAUCCAAUCGUUAUUCCUCCCUAUCUCUGCAAGAAUAUGGCAUACACCGGGAAAGAAAUGGAAUUUCAAGAAUCUCUGCUAACGCUAGUGCCUGAGAAGAUGGUGGAUUUCAACAGUCUGAAGGCAAACAAUUAUGAUAUGGAGCCUUAUUUCACUUAUCAAGGUUGGAACAGAUAUUUCGAGAUGUUGAAUGGUCCCAUUUACCCAGAUCUUCUCAAGCAUUUCUGGAUGAAAGCUAAGAUCUUUACAAAGUUUGAAGCUCAGCUAGAGGAACUCCUAGCUAUUGAGAAUAAUCCUAGUUUGAAAGGCAAAUCUAGGAAGGAAAUGGGUCUUAUGGAAUUCAAUGGUCCUCAAAUUAGGUCAAACGUCUGUGGUUUGAACCUAAUUUUUUCAAAGGUACACUUCAACGCACUACUUGGAUUAGUAGACAAAGGGCUGUUUAUGGAGUCUUUUGAAAAGGAAACAACGUAUAGAAAAGAUCUUCUGCACAGGAUGUUCUUGGAUGAGAAGCUGAAAGGUAAAGUCAAGGGAAUGACUGAUGAGUGCAGAGUUCUGUUCAAGAUUAUCAUAUCAUCUAUCUGUCCUAGAUUAGGUGGUACUGAUACUAUCUCAUGGACGCAUCGUCACCUUAUAUACUUCCUUCUGACUCAGAAAAAGGUUAAUCUGGGUGAUUACCUCUUUGAACGUGUUUGCGAAGCAAUUUUUCUCAGCAAAUCUCAAAGGAGAACUUCUCUAGUUCAUCCUAGACUUUUGUCUGAGCUACUCUUUCAGUGCAAGAUAGUUAAGAUGGUUAAGAAACACCACUCUGAACUUGUUGAUAAUGUGAUUACUCUAGAAGUUCUGACUGCCAACUUCUUGACUAAGAUGCAUAUAAUCAUCACCAAGGUAGUUCAACCUCAGCAAGACUUUCAUGUUCGCACUGGUGAUCCUUUCUAUGUGGAUGGUUAUCCCAUUAUUUCUGAACUGGACUGUGAAGAAGUCAUUUAG